UUUAUCAAUCUGGGGGUGAAAGUCUUUGGUAGGAGUAAAUCCCCGCUUGUUCCAGACUGUGAUUAUAGAAUUGCUCAGGAGGGUCUGGUGACAAUGAGGAACCUGCUCACAAAGAGGUCAGUUGUCCUGACAAGAGAUGACUUCAUUCUGGCCAUGACCAAGGAGAACCCAAUGUUUAAAGACUUCUCAUUGGACGGGAGCCAGAAGUUUCAUAAAAUGGAUACUGGAAGCAUAGUACUUCUAUACAAAGGGUCAGAUAGUGCGACCCGGCCAGCCUGUGAUCUGGUGAUUUGUGGAUGGAGAGGGAAGACUUCUGUCAGAGCCUUCAUUAACAGUGGACUCAGGUUCCAUUACCUACGGCUGUUCAGUGAAAAGCUGGCCGAGGACUUGGCAAUCCAAUUGGAAGAAAAGAAGCAACAGAAAAAAGAUAAAGAAAAGGCCACAGAAGAUGAUGAACCCAUAGAAGGUGAUCCAACAGGAAACCAGGAGGGGGAUCAAGGAGAAGUGGAAUCAGAGGCAACCAGGGCUGAGGAGAUAGAGGAGGGUGAAGGCGAGGAUAAUGUCGAGGGUUGUGACAAUGACAAUGAUACUAGGACGACAGACAACCAGAUAGACGAGUGUGGGACCUGAGCUUCUGAAGGCAGGAUGGAAAUGUUGUCUUAUGAAUAUUACUCGGAAGAAUCAGAAUUUAUGAUGAAGAAUCAUGUAUUCUUCAAAAUGUGUUAUGAGAAAACAGUCAAAAUUGAAUACUGAAUGAAUUGUCUCAAAGAGUAAAGCAGUGUAAUGCUUUUGUUUUCCAUCAGCUUUGUGAAAAUUGUUCUUUAGAGGUUAACAUAAAAAUAUAGUGACACUUAAGAUCUGAGUCCAGGUAAUGAUAUACUAGAAGAAAUUUUAUAUCUUUCGAAAGUAUAAUUAAUAUGAGAGGUAUUCAACACAUUUAUGAUAUUAACGUGACAGGAAUUUCUGCUUGGUUAAGCAAUUUAUAUCAAAUUCAGAAUUGAGUAUUCUAAAAUGUGUGAAAAGAUUACCUCACAUUAAAUCUCAAAACAGUU